UUCAACGCUACCAACUCUGUACGACAGGGCGAGGAACGCCGCGGGGGUGUCACGUGACUAUAUCAGUUGGAGUAACCCCUCCCACUCUCUGGUCCUAUUUCCCAACUACCAUUUAUGAUAAUAUUCUUACCCUCUAUUUCCUGAUACCUAGUAACGUACCUAAGUAAUUAGAUAUUUCAAAUAAUUUUUUUAUUUGCCUAGAAGAUGCACCGCUUCAAGCUCGACUUCCAACAAUAUAGUCUACACCCCCGAUCCGUCGAGUCCUAAUCCAAUCUGACUUUCUACACUGACACUGGGCGCCAUGUAGCGAAGGAUCAAUGUACGCGUCAGCUUAUCUAUCAGGAUUCCAUCAAGCAACAUUUAUAAGUGAAGACGAGCCCACGCCCGGUUUAAUCCAACUCAAACACAACUUUCCCAAUUUUAUAGCAUCCUGGGCAAAAUGCUCACGCAGUAUCUCCCACCGGAAAUUUUACGGAUCAUAUUCGGGCAUACAAACAAACACGAUCUAGCAGCACUAUGUCUAGUUUCUCGGGAUAUCUAUCGAGUUGGAAGUGAAUUGCUCUAUGAAUCGAUUGCCUUGGACCUUUUCGAAGACGCUUUCACAGUGACAUCUUGGACAAUUACAAAUGGCGACCCAAGGUUUCACUCGCUGUGCCAAACUUUAUUAGAAGGACCGAGAUUCGCCUUGCUUGUCAAAAAGCUACAUGUCUUAUUCUAUUUACGGAAAUUCACCCAAGGUGCUCUUCCGCCACUCGAUGAAGUAUCUUCCCAGCUUCGGAUGCUCGCUAGCGUCAUCAGAAAGUGUGUGAACCUCCGGGAUGUUUAUAUUGCCCAUGAAUACGCCUUGGAAGACUCCGCAAUACAAGAUCUCAACGAGUCACUUCUUUCCCUCUUACAUCUACAGAGAUUGAGGGUCGCCGUGAAAGAUACAAGGUACCAAUGGUUAGUUGGACGUACUCGUCAUAUUGCCGGACAAACUGAUGUUGGAGUUUCCCUGCUCCAAGGGGCUCUCGAAUUACCGUAUAUGAAAAGCCUCGAUUUAACAUUGCAAGAAGGCCCCCAAAGUCUUUUACGAUCGUUGAGCUUCCCGAUAAAUAACAACAUCAUACAGCUCAGUCUUUCCGAAUCUUGCUUCAAUCCCAACCAUCUAACCAAGAUCUUAGCUGCCGUGCCUCGAAUUGAAGAGUUACGCCUUUUAUUUUUCCUCUGUGUCGAAGUCGGGAACGACUCCCCUGGAUCUUGCCUGGAUAGUGAAGAUCUAGGGCAUGCAUUGGAAAACAGUUGUUUCACAUUGGUAAGCUUGAAAAUAGAGGUCGAUUUUGACCUCAACAGUACGCAAGCUCUCAGAACUAGAACAGGGGAAGAAGCGGGGUAUGCUUUAUCGCGUAAACUUGGCUCUUUACGCUCUUAUACGAGACUUAGGUCAUUAGAACUUUCUCCAGAAGUACUUCUAGGCUGGAACGAAAGAAGCGCGCCCGAGCUCUCUGAUGUUCUACCCGAAUCGCUCGAAUCCCUUCAUUUCAGGCAUGAUUUAUCGCAUAGGGGGUCGCCUUGGAAUGAUUUUGCCCCGUUAUGUAACCGACUAGGGAAUUAUCUAGGCGAUUCCGAAGCUAUCAUGCCGAAAGAGUUGAUAUUGUCGCAUUUCAUGGGAGAAGAUAGAGUUGGUAUGGUAGACUUUAUUAAGUCUAAAUGUCUUGAUCGUAAUAUUCAUCUUUAUAUUACUAAAGACCGAAGUGGAUCUCUUCUCGAUGGGUUAUGGUUGGUAAUUCAUUCGCAUACCAAGCCAUAUAUUCCAUAACAAGCUCUGGCACUAUAACGGCGAGGAAUGCCGAGGAGAUGCAAGGUCCGGGUCGGUAUGGCGGUGCUUACAAUCGACUCCAUUGCUAUAGCUCUAAGAUCACUAGUGAGCUCCGCUCGAGGGUUCGAUUCACCCGACGGUCUGAUCGUUUUUUUUUCGGCACUCAAACCCUUUCCAUACGAAUCCCAUACUUAGGUAUUUAUUUAGCUACUAGGUAUAUAUGUAUAUACCUCACGAACAAAUAGAUAUAUAGGUUCUGAAUUUCUAUCCUUUAGUAAUACACACGAAUGAAACUAUUAUACAA